GGCCGUGGCCGGGGGGCGGGCGGGGCGCGGCCACGGCAGGUGAAGGCGGAGGCGGGGCCGUGGCUCCGGGACCGGUCUGUGGCUCGGGUGGGGUGCUCAGGUGAGGACGAUGGCCAGCCCAGAGGACGACCUCAUCGGCAUCCCUUUCCCUGAGCACAGCAGUGAGCUGCUGAGCUGCCUGAACGAGCAGCGGCAGCUGGGGCUGCUCUGCGACGUCACCAUCAAGACGCAGGGGCUGGAGUACCGCACCCACCGUGCCGUCCUGGCUGCCUCCAGCCGCUAUUUCAAGAAGCUCUUCGCAGGGCCGGGGCCGGGGCAGGAGGUCUGUGAGCUGGACUUUGUGGGGCCAGAGGCACUGGGUGCGCUGCUGGAGUUUGCUUACACAGCCACGCUGACCAUAAGCAGCGCCAACAUGGGCGAGGUGCUGCGUGCCGCCCGGCUGCUGGAGAUCCCCUGUGUCAUCGCUGCCUGCGUGGAGAUCCUGCAGGGCAGCGGGCUGGAGGCACCCGGUCCCGAUGACGGCGACUGCGAGCGUGCCCGCCGCUACCUGGAGGCUUUCUCCACCCUCCCCGAGGGUGAGGUGCCUGCUCCGCCACCCCCCCGCCCCACCCCGCGCCGCAGCAAGAAGACCCGCAAGUUCCUGCAAGCCCGCGGUGCCCAGCUCAACAACCAUGCCGAGGAGCCACCCGCUGAGGCUGAGGGCUCCGGCAGCCCUCCGCCGCCCUCCCAGCUGCCCUCGCCCCCUCUGCCUGAGGGGCUGUCCCUGCCCUAUGACAGCUUUGAGCUGCCUGAGGAGGAGGAGCUGCCCCCACACCCCUUCCCCUUCCCCUACCAGCCCCCCUUGUCCCCUGAGGAGGCAGCUUCUGACGAUGAUGCCAUCGACCCUGACCUGAUGGCGUAUCUGGGCUCUCUGCACCACGAGUCACUGGCGCCUGGGCUGGAUAGCCCCGACAAGCUGGUGCGCAAGCGCCGCUCACAGAUGCCCCAGGAGUGCCCCGUCUGCCACAAGGUCAUCCAUGGUGCCGGCAAGCUGCCUCGCCACAUGCGCACGCACACGGGUGAGAAGCCCUUCGCCUGCCAGGUCUGCGGAGUCCGAUUCACACGGAACGACAAACUGAAGAUCCAUAUGCGGAAGCACACAGGUGAGCGGCCCUACUCCUGCCAGCACUGCAGUGCCCGCUUCCUGCACAGCUAUGACCUGAAGAACCACAUGCACCUGCACACAGGCGCCCGGCCCUACGAGUGCUACCUCUGCCACAAGGCCUUCGCCAAGGACGACCACCUGCAGCGGCACCUCAAGGGCCAGAACUGCCUGGAGGUGCGGACCCGCCGCCGCCGCCGCGAUGAGCCGCCUCCGCCGCCCGCGGGGCCCCCGGGCCUCGACCUCUCCAAUGGGCGGCUGGAGGGGCUGCGCCUCUCCAUUGCCCGCUACUGGGCUCCAGGGCAGCCCGAGGAGGAGGAAGAGGAGCCGGAGGGUGAGGAAGGGCCGCAGCCAGAUGGCACUGUGCCGGUGGAGACGGCAUAGAGGCAAUGCAACGGCAGGUGUCGUGCUGUUCCAUG